GACCUCGUAACCUAUGACACGAGGUGUUGCUAACUUGCGAUGACCUACAUGUGACUGUGUGGAAGAAGCUAAAAGGUUGUUUGAGAACCUCCUUGCCUUGAGAAAAUCUUCACACCCUACGUGGAAGAUUUCCUGUUGCGGUCUGAAAGUAACGCCAUUGCCGUCGGAGGUCCAUCCACAAGUCAUGGGGGUCUUUAGGCGGGGCAUUGCUGGAGUCACCACCUACUAUGUAGGGCUCCAGUGCUACUUGGUCUAUCACCUGAAAACAGCACCACCUAACAACGUGCAGCCAAACUGGGGCGAUGGCAGCAAGGGCAUGUUUCACUCAGGGAUGGAACCCGUGUCUGCCAAACCUAAGUUGGAAAGUGCCACCCAAGAGUCCAGGGAGCCCAUGGUACAAGCUGUCCUCAGCCUGUACCAGUCCAAGCCAUCACUGGGAGCGAUGGAGUUCUAUGCCCCUGAAGCUACAGUCGAAGAUCCCUGCUUCCUCUUCAAGGGGAAGAGAGAGAUAGCAGCAGCCUGGUACAACAUGGUCAAGUUUAUCCCCACAUCAGAAACACUCAGCUACAAAGUGGACCAUUCUGAAGACUGGGUUCGUAUCACAGUGAACCAGAAGUACUGCCUUCGUGGCACCGGACUCGACAUCACCCUACCUUCUGUUGCCUACCUGACAUUGACUAGGACUGAUGAGGGGAAAGAGCUCAUCAUAAACCACACAGAUGAGUGGUACGGAAAACCACUGCUGGAGAGAAGUAAUCACUUUGGGUUUGAGCUGAUAGGCACGACAGCUCGGGUGUUCCGAAGGGUACAUGGCUGGAUCGUGACUAGAUACAGCUGUGCACCCAAUGUUAGAGAACUGUAAAUUUGCUGUAUUUUGCUAUAUAAUCGAUUCAUAGACACAGGUAUGUAAAUAAAUGGAUAAUGUUAUAGUUUUGAUCAUGCAUUAUGGAAUGGUCUCAAAUAGGAAAUCUAAUAGUUUCUUACGCAUUAUCUGAUUUAUUGUCUGUUGUUCUACAUCCUGCAGCUGUACAAGACUAUUUUCUCCUUGCUAAAGAAUUGUUGAAAUAAACAGCAAAGAAUGAAGUACUAU